AUAAGGCCCCGACGGAGGGCGGGUGCAGACGGACGCCCCGACCCAGCUGCCAUGGACGUCGCCAUCCAGCAUCCUUGGCUGCGCCGGCCUCUGGGCCCUGGCUUUGGCCCCUUCCUUGCCAACCGCCUCUUCGACCAGCGCUUCGGCGAGGGGCUGCUGGAGAGCGACCUGGCAGCCCUCUGCCCCGCCGCUGGCCACGGCCCCCUCUGCGCCCGCCCCCCUGGCGUGGUCCUGCCCGACACAGGCCUCUCCGAGAUGACACUGGACAAGGACCGGUUCUCAGUGCUGCUGGAUGUGAAGCAUUUCUCGCCUGAGGAGCUGAGCGUGAAGGUGGUGGGUGACUACGUGGAGGUGCACGCCAAGCAUGAGGAGCGUCCGGACGAGCACGGCUACAUCUCUCGUGAGUUCCACCGGCGCUACGGGCUGCCCCGGGGUGUGGACCCCGCCACUGUCACCUCAGCCCUCUCGCCCGACGGCAUCCUCUCCAUCACGGCGCCCACCAAACCAGAAGGCAAGGCCCAGGAGCGCACCGUCCCCAUCACCUGCCAGCAGAGCCCUGCCAUCACUGGGAAAUAGGGGGGGCAAGGAUCCGCCUCUACACCCCCCCCACCAGAGCCAGGGGGUCCCCCUCUCACCACUAGGGACACCCCCUGCCUGGUGGGCGUCACCCUCCCCCAGUGCCUUGGGACAGCAGAAUUUCAGGGGGUCCUCCUUUCCAGGCCUGGGGGAGCAGAGAGCUGGGAGUUGCUACUUCCCCUUCUCCCCUCCCCCGACCAGCUGCUUUGCAGGAUUUUUUCUUAUCUAUGGCUGGUGCUGUAUGAAGCCAGGAGCUCGGCCAAUAAACUCCACCCGCCUGCUGGA